UCGGGUUCGCCGGAUAACAAAAACACAAACACACCGUUGAAGCCUCCUCUUUUGUCCCAAGAGAGAGUACGAGAAAAAACAGAGACACACAGCCAAACACCAAAUCUCCGCUUCCAAAAUCGCACCCACUGACAUGGCUGAAGGAGCGGAAGUUGAGGAGCGGGUGGAUCUAGAUGAGGACAAUUACAUGGAAGAGAUGGAUGAUGAUGUAGAGGAACAAGCAGAUGAAGAUGGAGCCGAUGGAGGCAGUGAUGACAAUGUGGAGGAACAUGCUGAAGAAGCAGAGGAGGAUUCUACAACCAGGGCUAGCAAGAAAGAGCAAUCUCCAGAACCAUAUGGUAGCGACAAUGGUGGUGAAAUGGUGGAUGAUGAAGAGAAACCUUCUGCUUCUCUCACUGAGGAGGAGAAAGAGAAGCAUGCUCAACUGCUUGCCCUGCCUCCUUAUGGAUCUGAAGUGUUCAUCGGUGGCCUUCCUAAAGAUGCCUCAGAAGAAGAGUUGAGGGAGCUAUGCAGUGAAAUAGGCGAAAUCCUUGAGAUAAGAUUAAUGCAAGACAGAGAAACUGGUGAGAGCAAAGGUUAUGCAUUCAUAGGAUUCAAGUCUAAAGAGGUUGCACAGACGGCUAUUGAAGAAUUACAUAAUAAAGCAUUUAAGGGUAAGACUUUAAGAUGUUCACUUUCUGAAACAAAACAUAGACUGUUCAUUGGCAAUGUUCCAAAAAUUUGGACCGAGGAUGAGUUUCGAAAAGUUAUUGAGGAGGUUGGUCCUGGAGUUGAGCACAUUGAGCUGAUAAAGGAUCCUCAAAAUCCAAGUAGAAAUCGUGGUUUUGCUUUUGUUUUGUAUUACAACAAUGCUUGUGCUGAUUAUUCAAGACAAAAAAUGGCAAAUUCAAGUUUUAAGCUGGAGGGAAAUACCCCAACUGUGACCUGGGCUGAUCCAAAAAGUACAUCUGAUCAUUCUGCUGCUGCUCAGGUGAAGGCUCUUUAUGUGAAAAACAUUCCUGAGAACACUAGCACUGAUACGCUCAAGGAAAUAUUCCAGCGUCAUGGUGAAGUGAUUAAAGUAGUUAUGCCACCUGGCAAAGGUGGUCAAGGCAAACGGGAUUUUGGAUUUGUACACUAUGCUGAAAGGUCAAGUGCUCUGAAGGCAGUUAAAGAUAGUGAGAAGUAUGAAAUUGAUGGCCAUCCACUAGAGGUUGUUCUUGCGAAGCCUCAGACUGAUAGAAAGUCUGAUGGGGCUUAUCCCUACAAUGCUGGGCCUCACGCAAAUCAUGCUCCACACCCAGGGUAUGGUGGGUUUGCUGGAAAUCCGUAUGGCUCUGCAGGUGCUGGAUUUGGUGUUGCCCCAGCAUUUCAGCAGCCAAUGAUUUAUGGUAGAGGGCCAAUGCCAUCAGGAAUGCAGAUGGUGCCGAUGGUUCUACCAGAUGGUCGAAUAGGCUAUGUUCUUCAGCAGCCUGGGGUACAGAUGCCACCUCCUCGGCCUCGAAGAGGGGACCGAAACAAUGGACCAAGUGGACCACCAGGGAGAGGAGGUGGUGGCAGCGAUGAAGGCAGUCGUGGAAGGAGAUACCGACCUUAUUAGUUUCAAAAGAUUGAGGAUCCUGUUCUAGGUCGGGUAAAAGUAAAACGAGGACCUGUUGUGGUUGAUUGGUAUGCCAUGUUGCUUCAAACAAAAAUAACAGAACCCCUCUCCCUUGUUGCUCUUUUUUCUAUGGUAUGGGGCAAAAGAAAAAGGCGGCUAGGAUUAGGAAACAUGAGUUAUUAUAGUUUGAUGUUGGUGUCUCAAGGAUGUUUGGCCAAAAGGAAAAUGCUCGAGAAAAUUGAGAAUUUAGGAAUUGUCUCUUGCGCAUUAACUUAUCUACUUGAACUGCAUUUUGUUUGGCAUUUUUGAUGACACCUUCAAUCGAAUUUGAUC